AAACUUACGUCAGACAUCAAACUGAACUUUUGUUAACGGUCAUCUGUGAAAGUAAACUUUCUGAUAUUAUUGUGUUAUCGUGAAGUAAAUAAUACUUUUUCAAUUUUGUAAGGCUGUGAUUUCAUUGACAAUAAAAUUAUGACAAUGCAGAUCGACAAAGCCGCAGAAGUGGCAGCACUUCGGAAUAAAAUAAGAAAUCAUGAAGCUUAUGGAAAGCCAUAUAAGUGGUCGCCCAGAGACUUCGAACUCGGCCAUGGACUAGGGAGAGGAAAAUUUGGUCACGUUCAUGUGGCUAGAGAGAAGAAAACUGGAUAUUUAGUUGCUAUCAAAACGUUGUUCAAGUCGCAAUUAGUUAAUUCAAGAUGUGAACGCCAAGUACUUCGGGAAAUUGAAAUACAAACUCAUCUGAAACAUCCAAACAUUCUUCAAAUGUUGACUUGGUUCCACGAUGAAAGAAGAAUUUACCUUGUUGUGGAGUUUGCAGCUGGUGGGGAACUUUACAAACAUCUUACUAACUCACCACAUGGACGAUUUCCUGAACCCAGAGCUGCUAAAAGCAUAUAUCAGGUAGCAGAUGCAGUAGAGUACUGUCACCAGAGACAUGUCAUACACAGAGAUAUCAAACCUGAAAACAUUCUUGUCUCUUACAACGGUGAUCUAAAACUUGGUGACUUUGGUUGGUCUGUGCAUGCACCAUCAGAGAGGCGUAAAACAAUGUGCGGUACCUUAGAUUAUCUGGCUCCAGAAAUGAUAACAAGACAAGUUUACAAUUUAUCAGUUGAUUUGUGGUGUAUUGGAGUUUUGUUGUAUGAGUUUUUGGUCGGAAAACCACCAUUCGAAAGUAAAGACCAAGAUAAUACAUAUGCCAGAAUUAUUGCCAUAGACUUAAAAUUUCCCUCUUACGUCCCUGAGGGUGCUAGGGAUUUAAUUUCAAAGCUUUUAAAAUAUCAAGCUACAGAUAGGAUAUCACUUGCGGAGGCGAAGGUUCACCCUUGGGUUCAACAGUACUACAGUGGUCCAAGCACACAUAAACAUUAGUAUUGCAUAAUGCUUGGUUCACACUGGGCCAUUACAGUUGGACAUUAGCACAACCAGCAAUUGUAUACACUGGCGCCAGUUAGUUAUCACAUUAUACUAGUUGAAUUUAGUAGAUUUUACUAACAAGUGUCAAUCGAAAGUCUCUUUGUCUAGAUGGUCAUCGGCAAACCUGCACACAGCUGACACAAAUUUAUUUAUGAUUUGUAACUGCUGAAUAUAUAUAUAAAAAAAUGACAUCACAUAAUCUGACAAUGGAAUAUUUCUUUCAUCAAUUUAAACAUAGUAAAUGCUGAGUUGUGGAUGGAUGGAUCAUAUUACUCCAAAUAGAAAAAUAGACUGAUAAGAGAUUG